AGUGCAGCCCAAACGAAGUAGAAUAGGCCCAUUUCAAGCCUCUGUGUACCUACCUUGUUCUUUCUUGCUAGAUCAAAUUUUAAUGGAGCAUUGAGCAGCAAGUUCAUUUUUGGGGGCGAGCAAAUCAUAGCAAAAUUGGCCUAAUCGACACAAGGAUUGUGUAUUUCGCGAUUUCAAAUAAUGGCUCCUGCUGGUCCUCGAUCCGGUGAUGCAAUCUUCUCCAGCAUCGAGAGAGUGAAUGCUGAGUUGUUUACCUUGACUUACGGGGCAAUUGUUCGUCAAUUGCUUACAGAUCUGGAGGAGGUGGAGGAAGUCAACAAACAGCUUGAUCAAAUGGGCUAUAAUAUUGGAAUUCGACUGAUUGAUGAGUUUCUAGCAAAAUCUAACAUCUCCAGAUGUGUUGACUUCAAAGAGACCGCUGAAGUUAUUGCAAAGGUGGGUUUCAAAAUGUUCUUAGGGGUCACUGCAUCUGUGACCAAUUGGGAUGCUGAUGGGACUUGUUGCAGUAUUCUUUUGGAGGAUAACCCUCUGGUAGACUUUGUAGAGCUCCCUGAUACAUGUCAAGGUCUAUACUACUGCAACAUCUUGAGUGGGGUCAUUAGAGGAGCCCUGGAGAUGGUGUCAAUGAAGACUGAAGUGACAUGGAUCCGGGAUGUGCUGCAUGGUGAUGACGCAUAUGAAUUACAAGUGAAACUUUUGAAGCAAGUUCCAGAGGAAUAUCCAUACAAAGAUGACGAGUGAUGGGAAAAAAAAGAAACACUUGCCUUCAAUAUAUGCCUUCAAUUCCUCUUGUAACAUCUGUUUCUAUUUAAUCAUCUAACAGUAAGAUUGAUUAGAUAUUACAUGUUCGAUUUAUGCUGUUAUGAUUUAUGGUGUUCUUUUUUGCCGUCCUUA